CGAAACGGACAGUCUGUCCAAGAAUUUGUAAGCUCAUGCUAGUGUUCAGGGUAAGGAAGUUCCGUAUAUCAUCGUUCUCUGCCGCACUUCGUCAUGAGUGCUAGCAAGCUGCCGAAACUCUGAUCAACACAUCCCACCUUCGUGAAGCUGCUUUCCAUUGAACCAUCCUCCCCUUCCAACCUCACUUCACAGCAUCAAGCACCUCUCAAAUCUCGCAAAGACCAGAGAAACGUUCGAAUCAUGGCGCAGAACAUCAAGGACCAAGACCGCGCCCUUCCGAAAGGCUCACUCAUCCUGGUGACGGGUGCCAGUGGAUACAUUGGCAGUCACGUUGUUAAUGAGGCACUCGCCGCAGGUUACAAAGUGAGAGGAACCGCUCGCAGUCAAGAGAAAGCCGAGAACACCAAGAAGAUCUUCAACAACAACCCAGAUUAUUCUACCACCAUCGUCGAGGACUUCCAGCACGAUGGUACCUUCGACGAGGCCGUGAAAGGCGUCAAUGCUGUCAUCCACGUUGCUUCGGACACGAGCUUUGGUUACGAUCCGAACGAUGUUAUCCCAUCUACCAAAGCUGGUGUACUAUCAAUCCUCAAAUCUGCGGCCAAGGAGUCUUCGGUCAAGCGUUUUGUUCUGACUUCCUCCUCGGCUGCCGUGCUUCUUCCAAAGCUGAACAAGGAAUUCACAGUCAGCAAGGACGACUGGAACCAAGAGGCUCUUAAUCUCGCGUGGGCUCCACCUCCAUAUACCCAGGAGCGGGCCUACCCAGUCUACGCCGCAUCCAAGACCGAAGGAGAAAAGGCUUUGUGGCAGUUUGUGAAAGAGCAGAAGCCUCACUUUGUCACAAACGCCGUCUUGCCCAACUUCAACAUGGGAACAAUCUUGCCGCACGGAAAUGGCGGUGCGACUGGCCUGGCUAUUCCGAGUCUUUUCAAGGGCAAGAUUCCACCCAUUGGCCCUCAAUAUAUGAUUGAUGUCGUCGACGAUGCUCGCAUUCACGUAAUUGCAGCAGCACUUGAUUCCAGUCUUCAGAAUGAGCGCAUCUUUGCGUUCAACGUCAACUUCAAUUGGACUGACAUCAUCAAUGCCAUCAAGAAGCACUACCCAGAUGCGGAGGGCCUCGCGAAGGCACCAGAAAAUGAGGGCAGAGACUUGAGCAAGGUGCCAAAUGAACUUGGCGCGGAGCUGCUCAAGAAAUAUUAUGGGCAAGAUGGCUACAAGCCGUUCGAGCAGAGUAUUCUGGAAAACUUGAAGGGACAAGUAUAGUAAGACUCUCUCGCAGAUCGGCGCAUUUGAAGACGAAGUCUGCCCUUUGUAACUCAAGUAGCGAAAACCGUUGCCAGCAAACGUCUGACCUGCAGAUGAUGGCGUGCAGCCGC